AUGCAGUCGUCCGAUUUUGAUGUGUUUGACCACCUACCCGAAAUUCCCGAAUCGGAAAUUGAUAGUGGCAUCGUAACAGGUUUGUUAGAGAACUGCGUAUUCUAUCAAAUUUGGACUCUUCAGAUGGUGGAGAACCUUGCUUUGUCGAUUGAUUUAGACUCGCCUAUUCGAGGCGACAUCGAAGAGCUAAUGGCGGAUUCUAACGAUUCGGUCGAAGUCCCACGAAGUUUCGAAGAAGAAAAGGAAAGAGGAUCAGAAGAGUGUAGGAAAGCCAAGAAGUUGCUCAAGGGCUACGAAAACUAUCCAGAAAGCAUGCCUUCCCUUUUUCCCGAAUGGCCGAUAGACGAUACGUCAAGAGAUUUUCAAGUGCGACUUGCAGCUCGCUCACUUACGAAUGUCAACACUCGUCCGAAAGGGUUUGACACGACUGGAAGCAUUCCUCUACAGAGGACGGCUUUUCGUGUAAAAUGCAAAAAUGCCGUGAAGAAUUUGAAAACACUGUUAAGGUCCCUCGCAAAUGCGCAAAACUCAGUACCCGGUCUUCGUAUUGAAAAUUCUCCCAUUAUGGGUGAAAUUAGGUUCAAAGGAUCUAAAAGGUACGUAAUUCUGCAACAUGAAGCCAGAAAUCAGCAAGGAGUAACGUUCAGCGAUGAACUGUCGGAGGUUACGUUUGAAGUAGACGCGGAAGAAAUGAUUCCUACAUCCAAGACAAAGCAACCUGAGUCCGAUCUGCUAAAUGUCAUCUUCAAACUUCGUCGUGAUGGAAUUUCAGAGGAUUUUAAGAUCACGAAGUGUUAA